AUGCCACCGGCCCGUCCUCGCCCCAACCUCCAUGAUGACUCCCGUUCCGAAACCUCAGUCGGCAAACCCGACCGCGAGAAGUCCAUCGACAAACGUCGGCAACAGAACCCUCCCCCAAGCUCACAAGAAAAGUCCCUGAAUAGCGGCGCCGGCUUGAGUGGGGUUGGAGGUGGAGCCAGCACGAAUGCUAACGGUACCCAUGCCCAUGAGGGUAUCGAAGGAAUGGGCUGGUCAGACAUCGACAUACGAACACUCCAUCGAUACCGUUACGCCUACAGGCUUUCAGUACCGAGUUCUAGUGGAGGCUUUAAUAACACUGUGCUAUCCACGGGUGUCGGACGGAGGUCGCCGGCGAGAGCGAGGGUUCGGAUCGGAAGGGAGGCGCUGGCCACGGCGGUACGGAAGAACUUCAAUGCACAGCCGAUCCAGGAGAACGACGUUAUCGUGAACUUUUUGUAUUCGGUCAAGAAUCAGGACAAACGAUUUCGGUUGAGGUUUCCACCACCAAUAAGUAAGAAGCACGAGACCUAAUCCGAUACCAUUCCAGAGCUAGGGACACUCUUAUCCGGUUGGGUUUGGUUGAUGGAUCGCGCGCCAAUAUUUGGCUCAGUAAGCUUUGUUCUACUACUUCUACUGCCACUAUGGGUUGCUUCUCCUCUUUCGACUCAAGUGGGUUAUCUAGUGAACAUACCUGGGAUGUAUAUAGCUGCGUACCCCUUCCCACCCAUUUACCCUCUCCUACUCCUUCACUUUGUAGGUAUCUCCAGUCUUGGAUUGUUUUGGCGCA